AGCAUCCUGAAUCCUUCAGUCUCUCUUUCUCUCCACGAGCAACACAGACAUCAUGAGCCACCACAGGACUUCCACCACCUCCACCUCUUACCGGCGCACUUUCGGGGCGCCCCCGAUGUUCUCCCCAGUCUCCUACACCCCAGUCUCCUCCCGCCUCUCAGCCGGGGGGCGGCUCAUGAGCUCCCCGACCUCAGCCUCCUCGCACCGCUCCGUCUCGUACAGGGCCCGCAGCAGCACCCCGGCCCUGCGACUCGGCUACGACAAGGUGGACUUCGCAGGGGCCGAGGCCCUGAACCAGGAGUUCAUGACGACCCGCAGCAACGAGAAGGCGGAGCUGCAGGAGCUAAAUGACCGCUUCGCCAGCUUCAUCGAGAAGGUGCACUACCUGGAGCAGCAGAACACCAUGCUGUCUGGGGAGCUGAGCCAGCUCAGGGGCCAGCAGGAGCCGGGCCGGGCCAGCACGCUCUUCCAGCAGGAGCUGCGGGAGCUGCGCAGGCAGCUGGAGCAGGUGGGGGAGGAGAGGGACCGCUUCCAUGUGGAGAGGGACAACCUGGCAGAGGACGUGGCGCUGCUGAAGCAGAGGCUGGAGGAUGAAGCUCAGAAGAGAAUAGAAGCUGAGAAUAACCUGGUCCUCUUCCGCAAGGAUGUGGAUGACGCCACGCUGUCCCGUCUGGAGCUGGAGAGGAAGAUUGAGUCUCUGAUGGACGAGAUUGCGUUCCUCAAGAAAAUGCACGAUGAGGAGAUCCAGGAGGUGCAGGUGAGCGUGCAGACCCAGCAGCUGCAGGUGGAGGUGGACUCGCACAAACCUGACCUGACGGGGGCGCUGCGGGACAUCCGGGCGCAAUACGAGAACAUCGCUGCCAAGAACAUGCAGGAGUCCGAGGAGUGGUACAAGUCCAAGUUUGCAGACCUGACUGACUCAGCCAAUCGGAACGGAGAGGCCCUGCGCCAGGCCAAACAGGAAGCCAAUGAGUCUCGGAGGCAGAUCCAGAGCCUGACCUGUGAGGUGGACGCUCUGAAGGGCAUGAACGAGGCUCUCCUGCGGCAGAUGCGUGAGAUGGAGGAGCAGUUCAGCGUGGAGGCGGCCGGUUACCAGGACAACGUGUCCCGGCUGGAGCAGGAAAUCCGACACCUGAAGGAGGAGAUGUCCCGGCACCUGCGGGAAUACCAGGACCUGCUCAACGUGAAGAUGGCGCUGGACAUCGAGAUCGCCACCUACAGGAAGCUGCUGGAAGGAGAGGAGAGCAGGAUCACAAUUCCGGUUCACAGCAUGGCCUCUCUAAGCUUCCGCAGUGCUGACUAUGACCAUGGCCAGGAUAGUCACAGCAAGAGGACAGUGAUGAUUAAGACGAUCGAGACUCGUGAUGACGAGGUGGUGAAGGAAUCGAGGAAGGAGCAGCAGUGUGAGCAGGACGAGUAGAGUCCAAGAAGAAAGAAACAGGAGCCAGGAAUCACAGCUCACUGAGAGAUACAAGACAACCAAGCCACCAGAACAACUACCAAUGCCUUAUUACCCUCCACUGCCCUAGUACCUAGAGAUUGCAGAACAGCUACCAAUGCCUUAUUACCCUCCACUGCCCCAAUACCUUGAGAAUGCAGAAUAGCUACCAAUGCCUUAUUACCCUCCACUGCCCCAGUACCUUGAGAAUGCAGAACAGCUACCAAUGCCUUAUUACCCUCCACUGCCCCAGUACCUAGAGAAUGCAGAACAGCUACCAAUGCCUUAUUACCCUCCACUGCCCCAAUACCUUGAGAAUGCAUGGCAGGAAACGUAGCUGAGCACAGAGUUCUGUUCCAUUACAGUCAGGUCAGCACUACAGAAUAGUUUAGCUCUCACAGCCUCCCAACACCUAUCUAAAGCAGUGGCAUUUAAGGUACCAAUUAUAAUCCCAUUGUAUUACUGAAUAAACCUCUGCAUUACCAGCAAUGGCAACACAAUGGAACUAAUAUUGCCCAGUGGUGCUGACACAUUAACACGCUGUCUGGUACUAAUGUAAUGCAUUGCUAUUGUGAUGUCAUCACUAUGUGUUGUGCCAUUGUAGCUGCUACCAUUCCCAGUACAGACCCAUUGCUGCUAUUGCAGUGCAUCUGCAUUGGGAAGUGACAUGUCUUGGUUCUGUUUGUAGACACAGGGAUGUCCCUGUUUAAAGGGGAUGAUAAGUGAUGGGUGAGGCGUUUGCAUUUGGAGCCCCCUAAUGCUGUCAGAGUCCAGCACACACCCCUCUAACUGCUCCCCCUAAUGCUGUCAGAGCCCAGCACACACCCCUCUAACUGCUCCCCCUAAUGCUGUCAGAGCCCAGCACACACCCCUCUAACUGCUCCCCCUAAUGCUGUCAGAGCCCAGCACACACCCCUCUAACUGCUCCCCCUAAUGCUGUCAGAGCCCAGCACACACCCCUCUAACUGCUCCCCCUAAUGCUGUCAGAGCCCAGCACACACCCCUCUAACUGCUCCCCCUAAUGCUGUCAGAGCCCAGCACACACCCCUCUAACUGCUCCCCCUAAUGGUGUCAGAGCCCAGCACACACCCCUCUAACUGUUCCCCCUAAUGCUGUCAGAGCCCAGCACACACCCCUCUAACUGCUCCCCCUAAUGCUGUCAGAGCCCAGCACACACCCCUCUAACUGUUCCCCCUAAUGCUGUCAGGCCCAGCACACACCCCUCUAACUGUUCCCCCUAAUGCUGUCAGAGCCCAGCACACACCCCUCUAACUGCUCCCCCUAAUGCUGUCAGGCCCAGCACACACCCCUCUAACUGCUCCCCCUAAUGCUGUCAGAGCCCAGCACACACCCCUCUAACUGCUCCCCCUAAUGCUGUCAGAGCCCAGCACACACCCCUCUAACUGCUCCCCCUAAUGCUGUCAGAGCCCAGCACACACCCCUCUAACUGCUCCCCCUAAUGCUGUCAGAGCCCAGCACACACCCCUCUAACUGCUCCCCCUAAUGCUGUCAGAGCCCAGCACACACACCUCUAACUGCAUCAGAGAAAUGGGAAUUCUGUGCUCAGUUUGUCCUGUGUUAAAGAAACCCAUUGUGUUCCAUGGUCCAAUGCUGUAGCCGUGUGAUAAUGAUAAUGUGUAUGCUUAGCAGACAAAAUAAAGAAUAAAAGGAAUUCAA